UUAACGCCUUGAACCAUCCACUGUCAUACUAUUGUCCGAAAGAGGGUGCACUUGAUUGCCAUUUUGCUUUCAAUAUGACAGCUGUCAAUGUCGCUCUAAUUCGAGAUACCAAGUGGCUGACUUUAGAAGUUUGUAGAGAAUUUCAGAGAGGAACUUGCUCUCGAGCUGAUGCAGAGUGCAGGUUUGCCCAUCCGCCAAGAGUUUGCCAUGUGGAAAAUGGCCGUGUGGUGGCCUGUUUUGAUUCUCUAAAGGGUCGGUGCACUCGAGAGAACUGCAAGUACCUCCACCCUCCACCCCACUUAAAGUCGCAGCUGGAAAUUAAUGGGAGGAACAAUCUGAUUCAACAGAAGACUGCCGCAGCCAUGUUCGCCCAGCAGAUGCAGCUUAUGCUCCAAAACGCUCAGAUGUCAUCUCUUGCAUCUCUUCCUAUGAAUCCAUCACUUGCAGCUAAUCCUACUAUGGCUUUCAAUCCUUACAUGCCUCAUCCUGGGAUGGGCCUGGUUCCUGCUGAACUUUUUCCGAAUACUCCAGUUCUGAUUUCUGGAAACCCGCAUCUUGCAUUGCCAGGAGUUCCUGCCCCAAAACCAAUUCGUACAGAUAGACUGGAGGUUUGCCGUGAAUUUCAGCGUGGAAAUUGUACCCGUGGGGAGAGUGAUUGUCGAUAUGCUCACCCUACGGAUGUCUCUAUGAUUGAGGUGUCUGAUAAUACUGUGACAAUCUGCAUGGAUUACAUUAAAGGCCGAUGCUCCCGGGAGAAAUGCAAGUAUUUUCAUCCUCCUCCACACUUGCAAGCCAAACUCAAGGCAGCUCAUCACCAGAUGAACCAUUCGGCGGCGGCUGCGAUGGCUCUGCAACCUGGUGCACUUCAGCUGAUACCAAAGAGGUCAGCCCUUGAUAAGGCCAAUGGUGCCACCCCAGUCUUUAAUCCCAAUGUUUUCCACUGCCAACAGGCUCUGGCUAACAUGCAGAUUCCGCAGCCGGCGGCAUUUAUCCCAACAGGGCCAAUACUGUGCAUGGCACCCGCUUCAACUUUUGUUGAAAUUCUGAGCAGCAGAGUUAUGGAGUAUCAGAAUCUCUCAACAAGAAACUCCACAUGGCCUUUCUAUGUGUAUUCUCGUAUGUCCUCUUCUACCAACACAACGAUAAGCAUGGUGCAGUCGAUAUAGUAAAGCACAUACACCAGUCGAAAAAUUCAAAUUUAAAAGAAAGCAUUCAGAAAUCUGUGGAGAUGUUAAAGCAAAUAGAAAAUUGACCACUGUGUGUUACCUAAUAUGGAUUAUUAAUUGUAUAUGAAUUAGCAUAUAGAAUACAACCAUACACCUUUGUCAUUUAUGUGAAUUAUCAGAUCCAUAUUACAUAAAUAAUCCAUCUGAUAUGAAUUACCAUAUUGAAUAUAACCGUAAAAUUUUGUGAUUUUUUUCCCAACAAUGAUUUAUGUUAAAUAAAUUUCCACAGUGUACUGUAGGCAUACUGUACAUUCUUGGUGGAUAAAUUGUUUUUGAAGUGUUACCUUACUGUUUUGUUUACAGGAUAGUCUAUUGGAUUGAUGUAGAAUGUAACUAAUAUACCCAAUACCAUUUCCCCCAUUGAUAUGUUGUAUUAAAUUGGGUUCUGUUUAGCUUUUCAA